GGCUGCUGCACAGCUAGCAGAGCCGUGGUCCGGGCGGCAGCGCGUGCCCCGAGCUCUCCGCCUCCCCCCGCCCGCCAGCCCGCAGCCCCCGAGCCCAGCCCGCGGCCCCAGCAGCAGCGCCAUGGCCCAGUGGGACGCCUACAUCGACAACCUCAUGGCGGACGGGACCUGUCAGGACUGGGCCAUCGUGGGCUAUAAGGACUCGCCCUCCGUCUGGGCCGCCGUCCCCGGGAAAACCUUUGUCAACAUCACGCCAGCUGAGGUCGGUGUCCUGGUUGGCAAAGACCGGUCAAGUUUUUUCGUGAACGGGCUGACACUUGGGGGCCAGAAAUGUUCUGUUAUCCGGGACUCACUGCCGCAGGAUGGGGAAUUUACCAUGGAUCUUCGUACCAAGAGCACCGGGGGAGCCCCCACUUUCAACAUCACUGUCACCAUGACUGCCAAGACGCUAGUCCUGCUGACGGGCGAAGAAGGUGCCCACGGUGGUAUGAUCAACAAGAAAUGCUAUGAAACGGCCUCCCACCUGCGGUGUUCCCAGUACUGACCUCGUCCGUCCCUUCCCACCACCACUCCCCACGGCUUUUGCACCCCUCUCCUUCCCAGACACACACAUACACCAUUUUUAUUUUUGGGGCCAUUACCCCACACCCCUUAUUGCUGCCAAAACCACAUGGGCUGGGGGCUGGGGCUGGAUGGACAGACACCUCCCCCUACCCAAACCCCUCCUGUGUGUGGUUGGAAAACUUUUUUGGGGGGGGUUUGUUUUUGUUUUUGUUUUUCUGAAUAAAAAAGAUUCUACUUAAAAAAAAAAAAGGAUUCUUUCAGUAAAAAGAGAGAGAGAGAGGUUAUACCCCCAGGACUUAUGCCAGAGUAAGUAUUCAAUAACUGUGUCCCAGGAAGGGGGCAGCCUGGGCACCUGCGUUCCGGAGCAGAAGCAGAGUCGGGAAUGGGAGUGUGGGAGCGAGAGCCCUCUCAGGUGGGUGGCCCGAGCUCCUUACCACAGCUCCUGCCGGCCCCCCAGGCUGUGUCCCCUGGGCAAGAAGGUGUGCCCGGAUGAGCCGCCCCUGCCUCGCUCAGGCUAUAUACUCAGGGGCUGUGUAGGAUUGCCAAAUCCAUUUGGAGUGCAGCAGAGUGGCUUCUCAUCCAGCAGAGAGCCCUGCUCUCCAAGGACACAUCUCCAAGAAGAGAGAG